UCUUCCUCCUUAUUGUCUUCAGGCGCACUUGCAUCCACCGAUUCCUGGGCUCAUUCGACUGGUAUAAGACUCUUUCGGGUCGUUGCUCCCUCUCGAUUACCCAUCGGUGCAUGUCAAGGGCGCCCAAAGCUCUCCCUCCUCCGCCUCCCCCAGCGACACCCCCCGUUGUUUUCCCUCCUCUAAGCUACUGGGCCCCUUUUCCGACACUGCUGCACCUCUUCACACGUUAACGAUGGACGACUCCUCACCGACACCCAUUGGAAUGUCCGAAGUUCGCUACGUUAACUCGCCUUCAUCUUCUUCUCAUCUGCGACAUCGCCACUCCACCCCAGACGUGCCGCAGGACGUCGAAGACGAUCUCUGGGCACACUUUAACGAUCCCAAUUACGAUUACGACGCGAGCUCGACCGCAGGGUCCACUGCUCGCGAGUCCUUUGAGCUUGGCAAGAAGGCCUCUGCUCGAUGGUCCGAUGUCUCUAUCACUGUCAGCUCCUCGGAGCUCGAAUCUCAGUACGACUCCUCGCGGGCGACAGAGUCGAAGGGAAACCUUGGUUCAGAGGCUUCCUACGAUGACGAGUCGCCCUAUCCAGAAGUCCGCGCGGCUGUGUCGAAUACUGACGACCCGUCCAUGCCCGUCAAUACCUUUCGAGUUUGGGUCAUUGGACUUUUGUUUUCUGUUCUCAUCCCCGCCUUCAACACCGUCUUCUGGCUACGAUACCCGACCGUCAUCGUUAAUGCACUUUUCGUCCAGCUCGUCACGCUCCCAAUCGGCAAGCUCUUCGAAAAGGUCCUCCCUACCCGCCGCAUCACCAUGUUUGGCUACGGCAUGUCGCUCAAUCCGGGGCCGUUCAACGUCAAGGAGCACGCGCUCAUCUCAGUGAUGGCGAACGUCGUCGUCGGCGGCGCACCCUUCACGGACGUCAUCGCGACUCAGGCCUUCUUCUACCAGACGCCUUGGCCUCUCGGAAAGCAGCUCAUCCUGUCGCUCUCCAUUCAGAUCCUCGGUUUCUCCUUCGCCGGCCUGGUUCGCCAGUUCCUUGUGUGGCCCUCCAGCAUGAUCUGGCCCGGUGUUCUCGUGCGUACUGCUCUGCUCAACACGAUGCACAAGAACUACGGCAAGAAGGACAGGAAGCAUAUGUCGCGCGAGACGUUCUUGGCCCUCGCCUGCAUCUGCAGUUUCGUUUGGUAUUGGUUCCCCGGCUUCCUGUUCACCGCUCUCAGUGUGUUCAACUGGGUAUGCUGGAUCGCACCCGACAACGUCGUCGUCAACUCGCUGUUUGGCUACAACACUGGUCUCGGCAUGGGCUUCUUUACGUUCGACUGGGCGAUGAUUUCCUACGUCGGCAGUCCUCUGGUCAUUCCUUGGUGGGCUCAAGUCAACAGUUUCGUGUCGUUUGUCUUCUGGAUCUGGCUGAUUGUACCGAUUCUGUGGGCCAAGAACGUCUUCUUCUCGAAGUUCAUUCCCAUCUCAUCGGCUGGUUCUUUCGACAACACGGGCGCGUCCUACGACCCUACGGCCAUCAUCACGGACGGCGUCUUCGACGAGGCGAAGUACAAAGCGUACUCCCCCAUGUACUUGUCCGUCACGUUCGCGCUCACCUACGGAACCUGUUUCGCCUCCUACACGGCCGUCGUCGUUCACACCUUCCUUUGGUACCGUCACGACCUCGUGCGCCAGUUCCGCAGGUCUCUUGGUGACGAGGGCGAUGUGCACUCCCGUCUGAUGAAGGCCUACCCGGAGGCUCCUCGAUGGUGGUAUGCCGUCAUGGGCAUCGCGUCUCUCGUUCUUGCUAUCGUCGGUGUUGAGGUUGGCGACACGAAGUUGCCGAUCUGGGCGCUCUUCAUGGGUUUGGUCCUCGCCGCGAUUUUCACUGUUCCCCUUGGACUGGUUCAGGCCAUCACGAACCAACAGUUCACUUUGAACGUCCUCGCAGAGAUCAUCAUCGGCUACACCCUCCCAGGACGACCGCUUGCCGGCAUGGUCUUCAAGUCGUUUACCUACAACACCACUUCCCAAGCCAUCGCGUUUGCCAGCGACCUCAAGAUGGGUCACUACAUGAAGGUCCCCCCUCGCUUGCUCUUCCUCGCCCAAGUCGGCGCGUCUAUCGUCGCCGUUUUCGUUUCCGUUUGUGUACAGCAGUGGGCCUUCAAUGCUAUCCCGGAUAUCUGUACCGACGGCCAGCCAGACCUGUUCACCUGCCCUGGUCUCCUCACGUUCGGUACGGCGUCUCUGAUCUGGAGUGGAAUCGGUCCACAACGGCUGUUCAGUCCUGGUACAUUGUACUACCCCCUCGUCUGGUUCUUCCUCCUUGGAGCUGUGCUUCCUAUUCCUCCUUACCUCCUCGCCAAGCGAUUCCCUCGUUCUUUCUGGAGAUUCGUCCACAUUCCCGUCUCCCUUAACGCUCUCUCCGUCGUUCCGCCUGCUAGCGGCAUCAACUUCUCGUCGUGGUUCCUGGUCGGGUUUAUCUUCCAGUGGUUCAUGCGUCGCUUCCAUUUCCGCUGGUGGAUGCGCUAUGUCUAUCUUCUCUCCAGUGGUCUCGACGCGGGUGUCAUCUUUGCUCUGGUGAUCAUCUUCUUCUCGCUGCAGUUGAUCAAGAACCCAAUCAAUAUCAACUGGUGGGGCAACACUGUGUGGCAGAACACGGCAGACGCGAUGGGGACGCCGUUCUUCACGCUCGCACCAGGCCAGACGUUCGGACCUCCACCAACAUAA